AAUUGUCCGUCUCUGAGACUAUGUGUUGGGUUCUUUGUGGUUAACAAAAUUUUCGGAAAAUAAUAUUGGAUUUUAUGUAAAAUAUACAUAAUUGGCGUGAUGACAGUUAGUUUGAGAAUGAUGCAUAUUUUGCGUUGAUGCGCGAUAUCGAUUCUGUGGCGUUUGUUGUUCGUUUGGUGUGUGUGGAAAAUGUAAAAAAUGUAAAAAUGUACGAACAAUCGUUGUCGUCGUCGUCGUCGUGGUGUAUGUCGUAUAUGUCGUAUUUGUCGGUUGUCGAUUGUCGGUUGUCGUAUUUUGUAUGUAUGUACAUUAGUACGUGCUGUGUGUGAUGUGAUGUGCUGUGCUGUGUACUGGUGCUAACGACGCUGCGCUGUCUGUUACUGAGUACACAACAUGUAGGGACGACACUAUGUCGACGGUACGGCCACGGCAAUCGCAAUCGCAAUUAGAAAAGUGUAAGCGAGAUGACUAUUGCAGCAGCUGCCUCUCCUCUCUCUCUGCUAGAGACAUUGUACAGAGCAGAGCGGUGGAGAGCAGGGCACAUACAUACAUACAUGUAUGUAUGUACAAUGCUAACUAGCGCGCGAGCGCUCUCGCCUCGCCGUUGCGGCAACGACAUUGUCAACUUUAGACUUGUAGACUUAUAGACAAUAUAGGAUAGGAAAAGGAAAGGCAACGCAAGGCAAGGCAAGGAUAGGAGCGAACGAAAGGCGCAGAAGGCGUAGAGAAAAAAAUACCGACCCGAACUGGUGUACCACCUCCUCCCCAUCUGCGUAUAUAAAUAUAUACAUAUAUACUCGCGUACGAAUUUCUAUGUACGCAUGUAUGUACGCUACGUAUGUACAUCUAUGUAUGUACGUACAUAUAUCUCAAGAAGAAGAAGAAGCAGAAGAGGAGGAAGAAGAAGAAGAGGAGGAAUACGAACAAGAAGAAGAAGAAGAGUAUAUGACGAAUGAUGAAGUGCUAGACAAAAUAAAUAUGGACUAUUUUCGGUGAAUUCCUAAAUCGGCUUUUGUGUGUGUGUUUUUUUUUUUAUGUUUUUAUGUUACAUACUUUAUAUACGCUGUGUUUUGUGUAAUUCUGCUGACCUGAAAUCAAAAAAUAAAUAAAACAAAAAACAAAGUGUGCAGAAUUAAAUAUUAUGUGUGUGUGGUGUGUACAGAAAAAAGCGCAAUAGGGAAGUUGACAAAAAAAAAAAAAGGAAGAGAGAAGGAAUAAGAAAAACAAAAAAUAUUAAUAAUAUUUGAAAUCAUUUUUGCGACUUUUCGAAGCCACCUCCUAACUGGUUUAACCACCGGUCGGAAAAUGAAAAACCCCGCAGUGGUCCCAAAAUAACAAAAUAAUACUUCAAAACACAGUCGGCGCAGCAUCGAUUUUUUCAAAAUACACGCGAUUGAAUCGGUUCGGUUGGCCAAAAAAAGAAAAAAAAAAAAGAAAAAAAAACGUACCACCUUGAAUCCCCAAUAUUUGUAAAGCAUUCGCCCCCCAAUCGAUGGUAUAAAAGAAAAAAAAUAAAAACCCUACCCGAAUGCAUUGGAAAAGGUUUGGUCCAAGAUGCAAAAUCAUACAUAAUAAUAAUAUAUGGUCAUCGCUGAUUUAUAUUCCCAAGGAAAAGGAACUGAGGAACAGUAAUCCACUGGAAGCCUUACGCAAAAGAAAUGGACACAUCAAAUGCCAGCGCUAAAUCAAAGACGUCUGCGUCGGGCGGCAGUAGUAUUAAUGGUUUAGGAACCCAAAUCAAGCAUAUAUCGUCGCAGGACAUCGGCUCCACCAGCGUUUCUGUCCAGGAUGAGAAGAGCGAGUCGUCGUCGUCGUCGUCAUCGUCAUCAUCCUCGCCGCAGUCCACCCUGCACCCGGUAGUGGGUCAGCAUCAGAAUCCGACUCUGAACCAGAAUCACAAUCUGAAUCCGAAUCAGAGUCAGAACCAAAACCAGAAUCCAAGUCAGAGUCAGAGUAUAUCGAAGGGUUCGACGACUGCCCUGGCGGUACUGCAUCUUCCUCCGCCAACGGCGACCGCCUUAGUUCAAGCAAGUGCCAAUAUCCCGGAUCUGGGCUCCAUGCCGCGUGCACGGCCAUCGUUCGUAUCGAACAGUACCAGCACCACCUCCUCAUCGACGACCACCUCCACCUCCACCUCAACGACGGAUGGCGGCAAGCCCAUGGCCGUGGCAGCGAUUCCCCCGGAAUCCAUCUCCAUAUCGGAGCCCACCUGCUGUCCACCUGCCUCGGCGGUAAACUCGAUGACCAGUGCCUGUGACUUUGACUCCGAUACGGAACUCUCCAUUGUGGCAGCCGCUGCGGCGGUAUCCGCUGCUUCAGCCGGCAUCGAUUCGAGGUCCCCCUCAUCUCCGCCACCUGCGCCGGCAUCCGCAUUAAUGCCCAGCCUGAAUUCCAGCGCGGGAGGAGGAGGCGCUGCAACCAUGGCCGGCAACCAGGCGGGCUUUGGAACGGGAUCAGGAGCCUUGGUGGGGAACACCAAUGGCCACAGCAACACCUCCAGCAGCAGCACUCACCUGAGUCUGAAUGCCAAGCAGCAGCGCCAGCAGAAACGACGGAGGGAACGGGCCCAGCGUUUGCAGGCGGAGCGCGACAGUCGAUGUAAUGCCAGCUCGCUGGGCGGCACCUUCAUUGCCGGCUCCUCUGUGGGUGCCGGCAGUGCCAUGAGUGCAACCAAUGGGAGUCAAGGAGGAGCAGGAGUUGGAGGCGGAGUGGGACCAGGUGGAGGCCUCGUCACGCCCAGUGGCGGCGGAUCAUCGGCGAUGGCAAUGGGCAAUGGAUCGGCGGCAGGACCCGGCAACAACAAUGGCAUGAUAUACCACAUCAAUAGCGCUGGCAGCAUGGGCGAGGAUAGCAACAAUUCGAAUGGCAACUUCACCAGCAGCAGCAAUGGGAGCAACAACCUGCUGCCGCCCACAGAUAGUAUUGCAUCUCUGCUUCUAAAUCCACCACAUUCCCCCGAGUGCAACACGGGCCUGAUGGCCACGCCCAGCGAUAGCGAGGGCGAGUCCCUGGACGAGGAUCUGCUCUCGACCUCGUCCUCGUCGACGCUGCUCCUGCCGCGGGACAAGCCACCGCCUCGGCCACCACCUCCGGUGCGAAGAAAGCUGCCGCGAUCUCCGGUGCUCGAGGAGGAGAUCAUCGAUGGCUUCGCUAUUCUGGAGUUUAAGACAUACGAGGAUCUUGAGUUUGCCAUCAAAUUGGGACAAAAACGCAAGGAGAAACGACUUUCGGCACUGGACGAGCUAACCUGUACCUACAGCAUAGAGGAAAUGAAAAUUCCAAAGGUUAUCGAUACGGGUCAAUCGCAACCUUUGCGUGUCACCAGCCUUUCCACACUCACGGUUAACAACAACAAUCUGAAUCUUAAGGAUAACCCCCAGCCUCUUCAUCGUGCCGGCAAUGUCAUGGGCAGCAACAACAACGUUAACAACAACAACAAUAAUAAUAGUAAUAAUAAUAAUAACAACAGCAUAGCCAGCAAUGGACCCAAUGCGAAUAGCAAUAGCAAUAGCAAUAGUAUGGCCAAUGUGGUCUAUCUGCUGCCCUCGGUGAACAUUGGCAAUGUUUUGGAGGCCGAAACGGAGCCCCGAGAUCACUGGCGAUCCGAGUACGGGCAGCAGCAGGAUCAAUUGCAGUCGGACAAUAGCGCGGUGAACAGUAAAAGUAAUAACCUUAGUGAUGAUAAUCAAAUGAGCAACAGCAACAGCAACAACACUAGCAGUAGUCACCAAAUAAAUCACACCAACCAAGCGAGCAAACAGCCAGCGGAAGGAAGCAGCAAUGCAGCAGCGAAAAUCCAAGUAAACAGCAGUGCAGUGAGCAGCAGUACAAGAUUUUUGGAGAACGACAACGAUUCACUUAUGCUGGAUAUCAGCCUGCCACCGCUGGGCGUUGGUGGCGCCGUAUCAUCAUCAUCAUCAUCAUCGCACAGUCAUGAUCAUAUUGACGUUGGUAUGAUUCACGCCAGUUGUACUGGCGGCGAUGCCAAAAAAUCUCACAAUUCCCCCGCCACAAGUAGUAGCACCGUUGACCAAUUACAUGUGACCAAAACGCUGCCCACGCACACGCACCAGCUCAAUAAUCUAAUAUCAAGUGAUCUUACUGCUGCCGCAGCCGCCAGCGCAAACAAUAACCACCUGGGUGUAUGCAAACUGGGUGGAUCGCAAUCAGCGCAGGUCGUUAAAAAAUCGAAUGGUUUGGAGAACAUGGAAACCGUGACGACAUCGGCGACCUGUCGCUCUCUGGAAAUCCAGGAAUCACCAAGCGUUCCCGCGCAAUCCUUUGGGCCCAGCAGCAGUAUAAAGAAGGAGAACGAGCAAAGUGAUCUUUUGAAUGACGCUUCUAUUAAUUGUAGCAGCAACAGCAAAGGAAAUAAUAUCUGUGAUAAUGUCAGCAAUGAUAAAAAGAAUUCUGAACAAAUAUUUGAUAUUGAUAACCCCCCAACGCCCAUGAAUGUUUCAAAUACUUCUUCGUGUCAGGAUCGAUCGACUUCCCGCAAGCUAUCCGACCUGCCGCACCUGAAGAAAAAGAGUGCGGCGUGUGGAGAUGGUGGCACAACCUUUUCGGGAGUACCUUUUGCACCGUCGAUGGGCACGGUGACGGCAGGAACUUCAGAAACUCCGGAUGGAAGUAAAGCUUUAAACAUAAAAAACACAUCGGAGAGCAGUUCACAAGGCAAGGCAGCGUUGCAUGUGGGUGCUUCUGUCUCCGCAUCCUCGGCGACGGCGGGGGAAUCUGGGAACCGGGAGCUGGGCAUGCUGCAGAAAUCCACGCCCGAGAAGACGCUCUAUCCCAGCAUGUGCGUGCCGCCCUCUGUUUCGGCAGUGCAGUUUCCCAACGUUGGACUAUCGGCUGGAAAUGAGAAAUGUGUGUCAACGGUUGCAUCCGACAUUGAUCAAAAGAUUAUGUUCAACGCCAAGACAACAGUUUCAAACGGCUUGUCAUCGGGGGUGCAACGGUCAAUGGUUCCAUUACUAUCUGCUGCGCCAUCGCCGGCUGCGGUUACACUAGCCAGUCCGUUUGGCGCACACAUGACCACACCGAAUGCCGCCGGACUUUCCAUCUUGAGUUCGGCCUCCAGUGUGAUUCUGGCGAGCAGUAUAAAAUCAAAUGAUAACUUCUCACGAAGUAAUAGCAGCAGCAGCAACAAUAAUGGCAGUUCGAAUGGCCAGGGACAGUUGCCGUCGUCCGUCGUGGGAUUGCCGAGCACGCCAGAGAUUGCGAAAAACAAUUCAGCACCAACCUCCUCACCAACCAAUCCCAUAGUCAAUGGCUUCCUUAGUGUUUAUCCGCCUGCCAGCAAUGCGACUUCGUCUGCAGUCACGACCAGUACAUUGCCGCGUGUCUCGCCCAAUGCCAGCAAUAAAUUAGUGCCGCCACCGGUGGUCUCCACAUCCAUUUCGAUUAACCCAAACUAUGUGGGAAUCCCAUCUGGUGGAGCGACAUCAACGUCCGGCAUGGGAAAGGUGGUCUUCGGCGCCGGCGGGAAUGCCAUUGUGGGCACAGGAUCUCCGCUGCUUUUUCCCGGCGCACCACCUGCUCCCAUCUCGCAUGUGGCCACGGGCGUGCCCAUGAUCAUCCAAGCGCCGCCAUACCGAGCACCAUAUGGGAAUUAUCCCCUCUAUGCUCCUUAUAGCGGCCUUACGCACGGGUCGUACCUGCCUCCAGUGCUGCCGGUUGCCGCGUCCAACAUACCGCCUCCUGCCCAGCACCGAAGCUCGGAUAGCCGGAACAGCCGGGAAUCGCCGGCUGCGAUGAAGGCGAACCCAUCGAACAUGGCGAUGAGUGUCUCGAUGACACCCAACCUGCGAUCCAUAACGCCACUCAAUAAUAGCUGUGCAAUUUCCAGCGGCGCAUCGCAACCCGUUGUGACGGUCGUUCCUUCGGUGGCGAACUCAUCUCAAGCCCUCUCGCUAAGCAAUCCACAUAUAUCUCAUUCCCAUCAUGUGCCUGUCUACGCCACCGGUGCAUUUUCCUCCGCGGCAGCCGGGACAACUGGCCCGAACUCCGGACUAUCCACUCUGGCGGUGACCUCGCUCUCAAGUUCGGCUGCCCCGCAAUCGCACUUCCCGCAGUCCCAGCAGAUGCUCUCACAGAGUGGCAACUUCUCGUCUGUCUCGCAUAUGCUGGCGACGCACUCGAUGCCAUCGCAGAAUCAACCUUUGGUGCGUUGCGGGAAUACACUGUAUUCAUCUGCAUCCGCCGCUGCCUCCAACUUUAGUCCCUCGGUUCUCGCCGUUCAAAGUUUAACGACAGCGGUCACGUCGAGCUCCUCAUCGCCAUCAACAUCAUCAGCGUCAUCAUCUGUGAUCCAGAAGGUUAUUUCCCCCAAGGGAGAGAGCCCUUGCAACAAAGAUCGGGAUCCCAGUUACAGUACAAAUAUGCGGUCCCACGGUGCAUCAACAAUACUGCCUCCUGUCGUUUCGCAGGGCAUGAGCAUGGGAUCCUCAUUUUGCGGUAUUGCCCCAGGUCAAUAUGGAGGUACAGGUACCCCAGUUUUAUCCUCGAGUUCUUCAAUGCCGCCAGGACUGGGCAAUCUCUCAUACUCUUCGAAGGCAGCGCUAUGGUUGAACUCUCCUGCCAACGCAGUGGUAACCACAUGUGCUCCCUCUACACCCAUCGUAUCGAGUGGCAGUGCCCGUCCGACUCCGCCGCUGUCCAACUGCUCGAGCAUGGGCAUCGGCAUGGUGAAUGCGGCAUCGACGGCGAGAAGUUCUUGCAAUGCCAUAUCGCCUCUAUCCAUUCCCGCGACCGCUGGCAUUCACGUCUCCUCCACAAAUCCCUCUUUUCAGUCCUCAUCGAACUACUUCCCAGCACCCUUAGCGCCGCCACCAUCUUCCCCAUCGCCAGCCACCUCUUCCGCGGCCAUCAUCAGCUCAUCCGCUUCGCAAUUUCCGGCAGUGUCGCACUCAAUGAGCAGCAUUGUAACGACGGCGGGAGCCACCACGACCACGGCCUCAUCUAUGUCACAGCCCACGGUGGCGGCGAUAUCGAACCCGGUUACAAAUGCGCCGCAUCCCUUUUCCGCGGAAUCGCUUUUUCAGCCAAGUAAAAAUGAUCAAGCUGAUUUGCUGAGGCGAGAGUUGGAUAGCAGAUUCCUGGACAGAUCUGGCUUAGCUGUUACCCCUACACCGCCAUCAUCAACGUAUUUACGAACCGAUCUCCAGCACCAACAGCACGCACAUCUCCAUCAGCAUCCGCAGUUGCUUCCGCCAGUGUCAGCUUCAUCAACUCCCCUAACAGCUGUGCAACCGUCUUCUGGACAAAUAUUUCCCCCGCCAUUAUUUAAAGAUAUCUCCAAAAUGUCGUCCGUCGAUCCUCAGUUCUAUCGCACAGGCAUGGGAUUGCCAACGGGAGGCUACUCAGGAUACACCUCGGCUGGCCUUUUGCACAGUGGUUUGGGAGGGCCAACGCCUUUCAUGCCUCCCAACCACCUUACUUCCUUUGCUCCUAAGAAAACUGGUCGUUGGAAUGCCAUGCAUGUUCGAAUCGCGUGGGAAAUCUAUUACCACCAAAACAAGCAGAGCUCUGAAAAGACAGGGUUUCCGACGGCGUCAUCGAAUGCCUCCUCGAUCAGCGCACCAAUUCCUCCUGGCAACCUGAUCAGCGGAGGCGGCGGUAUGCCCAGUGGAGCCAACACGCCGGUGAAUAAUGUGGCAGCCAUCCCGGCGGUUGGCGGCGGUGUCCUGGUGUCCAAUGGUCCUGGAUCAGUGCUCGGCAUGAAGACAACGCCAAAUAUGGGUCUCAAUACUCCGCCACAGCAUAUUCUUCAUCGGGCGAAUGAGAUGCCGCCGUCGGCAGCGUUUGCCAGCUCUCUGCCAGGUCGAUUGGCCUUCGAGGCGUCUCCUCUGGCCGCGAGUUUCAUUGGAGCACCCCCUAGUCAUAUUGCUGUUUCCCCCUUUGGACGCUAUGUGACUCCGUUUGGUUUCACAGGGCUAACACAUUUCGGUGGCCACUUAGACUCGUGGAGGACAAAUGCAAUGCAACGGAGUGUCGCAUAUCAUCCCUCGUCGGCGGCGGCGUCUCCCAACUGGCCGGUAAAGACGGAUCCUGGCCUGGACAACGCGCGGCGCGAGGCCGAGGAGCGGGAACGGGAGCUGCGGGAUCGCGAGCAGCGGGAACGUGACCGCCAGCGACGUGAGCGGGAGGAGCGUGAGCGCAAGGAAAAGGAGGAGAAGCUGAAGCGCGAACAGCAGGAACGGGAACGGGAACGAGAACGCGAUCGCAAGGAGCGCGAGCGUGAACGGAGGGAGAUAGAGCGGCGGGAAAUGGAGCGGGAGCGGAUGCAGCAGCAGCAGCGGAUAAACGAGAGCAACAAGCAGGCUGCGAUCCAAGCGGCGGCUGCUUCAGCGGCACCCGUACGCGAUCGCUCUCCCCAUCGGAACGUGGGCGAGAUGAACACCGAGAUUCGGAUCAAGGAGGAGCAUCCGCGCACCAAGGACGAGCAGGAUGUGAUGCUGCUGCGUGCCUCGGCCGCGGCAGUCGGUGUCGGUGAUCCGCGCUAUCAUUCCUCCUCGUUAGCAGCUGCGCAAGCGAAUGCAGCUGCAGCGGCGGCCCACCAUCAUCAUGCCAACUUCAUGGCAGCCAGUCGACAUGGUUUGGCGCCACCGCCUUCGCACCUGACGCGCACCAUGAUGCCGCCCACCUUGAGUGUGGGGCACUUUGGUGGACCAGCUCCCCCGGGCUGGGGCAUCGAUCCCUACCGCGAUCCCUAUCCCAUUCUCCGCUACAACCCUAUCAUGGAGGCUGCUCUGCGACACGAGGCCGAGGAGCGACAGAAGGCGAUAAAUAUCUACGCAGCCCAGUCUGCGGCCCAUUUGCGAAGCAAGGAGCCAAGUCCCAUUCCCCCUUCGGUUGGUUCUCUGGGCCCACCACCGCCCCACCAUCGGAUGCAGAUAGUAUCCGGCGGCGUUGUUCAGUCAUCAGGGGUUCAGCAGCCCGGUCCGCCGAAUCAGCAGCAGCAGCAACAGCAUUCUGGUGGGCCCGCCAUGGGCAAGAACCCCGGGCCGCCGGCACCAGGAAGCAUUCCAGUCCAGCACAUGAUUAGCGUCGAUUCGAUGGGCCAACAGAGUGUCACCACAAAGAAGGAGGCGGACCACACGAUGGGCAUUGUCUCGAAUGCAGGUGGUGUUGGUCUGAGCUCAGUACCUGGCGGUGUAAUCGGAAUAUCUCCAGUGUCAUCAGUGGCACCAAGUCGAUGAUAAGAAAAUCGUCGUCGUUACUCUAACCAAAAUUGUAGAAGCGAAUAAGACAAAGAGAUUUUUUAAAAAUUUCGAUCACCACCACCAAAAUGUCAUCAUAUACGCAAGAGUCCCAUCCUAAUUACCUCCUCCCAGCAUCAUUUUGAGCCUGAGAGAACACCAAUAAAUGAAGCGCAACGCUUUUGUAAACUAUAAUUCUUGAAUACACACCACACACACACACUACACUACAUUGAUUUGUAACGUGAGGAGAUAGACGAAGGAGAAGUUUGUGGCAAACAAAAAUCAAAUUAAAAGAGGUUAAGACUUCCUUAUACUUCAGACCUAGCAUUCAACCUAAGCACUGAGUCCCCCAAAUUGGCAAAAUACUUUCCUCGAUCUUAAUAUGGUCGCGCGCGUUGAAACGUCACAUAUAAGUAAUACGAACUUUACUUAUUUUUAAUAAAUACAAAUUACAAGCAUAAAAGUAUAUUUAGGUUCGCAAAUUUAGUUUAAGUGUAUUUGUAUUAUUUGUAUAAUAUUAAUGUAAGCUUAAGAACAGCCCCCGAGACAUGUUGAGCAAGAAAUAAUUAUAAUUUGAUUGUACAUAUACUUAUAUACAAAGAACUCUCAUAGUUAUAUGACAUCAACAUGCAGCCUAUGGAAUCCAAACUAUCAUGCACAUGAUACAUAACUCUAUGUAUAUCAGUGACAGCUUCAUUCCCUUUGUGCAUUACGUGUUUAAGGACUAAUUAUCAUAUAUGCAAUUUAUGUAAAAAUU